UUAAGAUUUUAAAUGAACAUCAUUCAUUUUGAGGCAUUUUCAACGAUUUCUAAUCCUAGUGGUACUUAUGCAUUAAGUCCUGUUUCUUUCUCAUUCUGUGAAAUGUGUUUAAAUUGGAUUUCCUUUCAGUUUCCUUUAGAAAGUACUAAAUAUUCCUAACGGAACUCUUGAGGAAGCUGAUGAUGAAAUUUCCUAUAAUUUUAUUGAUAUAUGUAAUCACUUGAGAGUCAGCACUCAGUGAAGCACAGAGAUCCAGGGAAAUUAUGCUGUGUUAUUUUUUACCAGGAAGAUUAAAGCAUGGGAAAUAUACAAAAGGACGUUCAGACAAUACAUAUGUAUUGUUAGCACUAAUGUGGAAUGUGAAAUAUAUUUAAAGUCAUGAUUGCAGAAGCAGAAGAAAACCCUGAUCCAAACAACCACGAGUGUAAGGAAAUUGAAGAAUUAGAAGAAGUAUCCAAGAAUGUUGGAGCAGGGGCAACCUCCCCACUCCAGGACUUAUCAGCAUCUUUUGCUGCUCAAGAUAUCUUAAGAUGUGACUUCUGCAAUGAAGAUAAUGUGGUUGGGGAGAUGUACUGUAAAACUUGUAGCAUGCGUCUGUGUGGACUCUGUGUCACUAGACAUAUAGAAAUUUCUUCAGUCUCCUGUUUCCAUGAUAUAGCCAGGUUCAACUCUACUACCGAUUUCAUGAGACCAGUUUGUGGAUCUCACCCGAACCAUAAGUGUGAGAUGUUUUGUAGAGAAUGCAAUGUGCCUUUCUGUUCUCAGUGUUUAUCUGAAGGCUUUCACAAACAUCACGACAUUACUGGGAUUUGUGGCAGGUAUGCAGUGCUAAAGGACAAAAUACUGAAAGACACUCAUUAUUUGGAAAAAAACAUGAUCCCAGAAUUUGACAAGAAUGUCAGCCAAAUGAGCAGACGGAUUGAAGAGACAACUGAGAAAUACGAUCAAAUAGCGACUACCAUGUGCCAAGUGGGGAUAGACUGGCACAGGCAGCUAGAAGUUGCAAUAAUGCAACAUAAACAAGAAAUUCAGAAAAUGAAAGAAAAGGAUGUUGACAUCCUGAGCAAGUGCCAAAUGUCUUUGACAAUUCCUUCAGCUGCGAUCAGAAAAACCAUCAAAGAGAACAGGCAAAUCAUAAAUUCUCUUGAUUUUAAUAGACUUUUUGAGUACAGAUCUUCAGUUGAGAAUUUCAGAACAAUCCCUCCUGUGGCUGACAUUAAAACUCCUACAUUCGAACAGCAUACUACUCUGUUACAUCAACUUGUUGAACUUGUAGGCAAAUUAGGGAAUUCCAGUACCAUAAAUAUCCCUGGUUAUACAAUCAAGGUUCACAGGGACACUCCUGCUCUUCUUGCAACUUUUCAAAGCAAAUUUCGAAAAGGGGUUCGAAGAUUGAGGUGUCGUGGUGGAAAGAUGGCAUGGAUGUGUGGGUUUUACGAUCGUCUGAUGAAAUCUGUAGACCUCCAUGGUACAGUGAUUCAGAAAGUCCUAGUCACCUCCAAGAUCGCGCCAGUGUGUAUGACAAUAAACAAGGAGGAUGAGCUCAUUUACCUUGACGACAGUAGUGUAAAUAUUAUCAGAGAGGGUGAAUGUCAAUGUCUUUUCACAGUCCAAGACUGGACACUGCGGUCAGUAUGUAGCAGCUCUCGAGCCAAUGAACUGCUAGUUGGUAUGACCAAUAAAACCAAAACUGAAGGAAAGAUUGUUCGGUAUUCUGGAGUAAAAGUCUUGUUUGAAAUUCAGCAAGAUCCUGAUGGCAACAUGUUAUUUCGCUUGCCCUACUUCCUGACCGAAAACAAAAACUUUGAUAUUUGCGUCACAGAAAUCACAUUGCAGAAAGUGCAGGUGGUGGACAAGGACGGAAAUUUGCGAUUUACUUACAGUGGAAAUAACACAGUGAAAAACACCUUUAAACCAAUGGACCUUGCGACUGAUAGCAAGAGUCAAAUUCUAAUUGCAGACACAUCCAAUAACUGCAUUCAUAUCAUCGACAAAGACGGCAAAUUGGUUAAGAUCAUUGACGACUUUAACUUGCAAGAACCAGUCAGUAUAAGCGUGUCAGAUGAGGAUGACCUCUGGGUUGGGGAAGGCAACUCUGGUAAGGUCAAGGUCAUUAAAUAUAUGGAGGCAUGAAUCUUAAGAAAAACUGUAUUACCAUGUACGGCAGAAUUAUUUUGGUAUGGUCAGAGUUACAUGGGAAUAUUUAAAGGGACGAUUGUUUUACAUUGGAAGUGAUAGUUCUUCACUUCUUUGUGUUUGCAUGAGUAGAAAUAUGUGAUUAUCGUAGAUAACUUUUGUGUAACAUGUUAAUUGUGUAUGCUUUUUUGUCUUGAAUUUGGGUACAGAAACUAAAGUCAAUUUUAUCUAUUUCAUAUUGACGUUGGGUAAGGAAAAAUUUGUUUGACACCCCCCCCCCCCCCCCCCCCCAUCUUUUUUUAAGGAUACUGCAUAUGCAUAUGUUUUCUUAUCAUUGCAGUCUUGGGUGGAUCCGAUCAUGCAACCCUACAUGAUGUAAUGUUUUGUUUUAGGGCCCCAUGCUUAGCAUAUUCCAUGUUUUCUCUGGAAUGCGUCUUCCCUGUUCAAAUUUUAAGCGAAAUGUAUUUGUUUAAUUUUUUUCAUUGCUACCAAAAAUAAACACAUUUCCAACCAAAGAAAUGAAUAAAAUGCAAAUUUGUUUAAAGAAACAACAUACUUGAUGACGUAAUAUGACGCUGACUGGUAGAAGUAGACAGAUUAUACACGAAUUUCCAGUCAGUAUCGUCUACUUUACGAGUUUGAUAACAUGACGUAGCAAGUGACAACUUUUGAUUUGAUAGAUAUUAAUGAAAUUGAACUAUGUGAUGUGGGGUCAAUGAGGACGAUUUAAAUGAUGAGGUGUUGAGGUUUUUACUUGAUAUUGAAAUGGAGCAGAUUCGCAUUCUACCGUUCCUACGGCACAACCAGUGUUCAACAUCUCCUCCAACACAAUGCAGCAAGCAUACACCCCGUCACCCCUUGUUCUCUUCCAUUAUAUCUAAUUAACCAUUGUACCUUGAAUUUGGCGUGUAAUCCAUUUAAUUCUGCACAGUAACUGUACCUGACUUGAACGCACAGCCAGUUUUGUUGUUGUUUUCAUUGUUACAUAUACAUGUAUGUAUUCCUAUGCGCCCUCUCAAAAACAUUAAUUCAAGCUUUUUGAUGAGAGAAACUAUUUGUUUUUCUAUUUUAAAAAUAUAAUUAAAUGAUAAGAAAUAAAACAUAUUAUUUUUUUAUGCAUGUAUCAAACAAAAAAUUGGACAGAAAACUUUUUCAUCAAAGCACUACAUUGAUGGAAGUUUUUCAUUUGAUACAUGCAUCAAAAAAAUAAUUUUAAGUUUCAUGUCUUAAAUCCAGUAGAUAUCACCCAUUAAAUAAAUUCUAAUUAUUACACUAUGUUUUCCUAUGCCAUUUGUGACGUCACAAACAAACGUCAAUUUUACGUAGUUUGUUUACAAAUUUUCAGGAAGUAAAAUUCCCAACAAUACAUGUAUGCAUGAACAAUCAGAGAGGAGGGGGUGUGUUUAACAUGUGAUAAAAAGAAUCUCCCAAGGUUUGUGGUUUGAUUUGAUUUAUAUUCAACUCAUUGUGUGUUUGGGGAUAGAAAACACACAACUCGUUGAAUAUAAAUCAUAUGAAACCACAAACCAUAGGAGAUCCUAAAUAUAUGGGGUCAUACAACCCCUACUAGUUUAGUCUGUUAUAUAACUUUGUCAUUUUUAAAACAAAUCACACUUUUUUCACUACACAUUAAUGUCCUAUUUUCAAUGCCUUUAUCAAAUAACUAACAGAGGCUACGUUGCAAGAUCAUAUUAACUAUGGAACAUAAAUCAAUUUGUAGGUGUGUCUGCACUGUGAUUCUGUAAUAUGCAUUAUAAGCAGACAAAAUUCUACAGAAUGGACAUUGGACUGAGAGUGAGAAAUGAAGCACAUGUACAUGCAGGUCUAUCAUGGUUUUUUGUCUAUUACAGAAUACAUGACAGAAACUGCACUAUACUAUACCAGUCACAGGCAAUAUUUAAAGAAUACUCUUUGAUAGUAAUUAACUUUGAACCCAAGUAAUAUGAUAGCCUAUGAUACCACUAUAUUAUGGUACGAUCACAGGGGCUAAGCCCGUUUUGGGCCCGAACUCUGUGAUACCAUAAAUAGCCCAUUUUGGGCCCGAACUCUGUGAUACCAUAAAUAUAGUCUAUAUUUAUGGUAUCACAGAGUUCGGGCCCAAAACGGGCUUAGCCCCUGUGGGUACGAUACGCUCGCAGUGAUCUAUAAGUGUGCUGUAGUCAUAAUGCUUUGUAGGGAUAGGAUUAUAGGCUGAAUUUGGCCCCCAACCUACAUUUUCCCAAUUUCACAUUAAUAUCAAUAAAUUGGGAAUCUCUCUUGAGAUUAGGGAAAUACUGUCUUAUAACCAGGAAAUAGCAGACAAAGGACAAAACUUGCGUGAAGUGUUGAUACAUGUAUUGAUUGAUGCAUGUACUAUAUAAUGUAUUCUUGCUAUGCGUGAAUAAAUAAUAUUUCAAGUUUAUUUGUGAGAUGCCUCGCUUAUAAAAUACAUAGUUUUGCUUUUAUUCUUUUUAUUCAUUUGUAAAGGAAGAAGUUUAAUCAAAGUAAAGCACUAUGAUUGUACAUUCUCCCUAAAUGUUGAUCUAUUUGUGUAAUACAUAAAGGAAUAUGUAGAAGUAUGGUUCUCAACUUCAGUCCUGUUAUUUGUUACAUUCUGAUUUGUACACCUUAGAAAGAGAACCCGAUGUUUACCUCUUACUGGCUUACUGAGCAAGUUGAAAUGCUUGAAAUAAGCUUUGUGAUAACAAGUUUCUAAAAUUUGAUUUUUGGCCCAAAAAAUAUUCCUUCCAAACUGGAAUUGCUACCCUGCAGUGUGAUUUGAAAACUAUGAAGCCUUUUCUUGACAAAUUUGGGCUGUCAUACAUCUAAAUCAUGAACUUCAUUACAGUUGUGAGCUUUUUAACGUUAUCCUGUAAAACAAAUUGUGGGAUCAGUUAGAUACAAUGGGACCAGUUUUGCUUUCAUUGUAAAAAUUUUAAAAUAUAUGUCCUCAAGAGAGAGAGAGAGAUAUAUACACAUACUGUAAACCAACUUUUAUUUGCGUGCGAGAAAUUUUCACGAGAUUUACGAGAACCUCAUUGUCAUGAACAUUUCUCGCCGUGAAUCAGUCCUUGAAUGUCGAUCAUAGGCUCAAAAAAGGCUCAAAUGACUCGCCGCGAACCAAUUUACCACAGGAGAAUCGCGAAAUAAAAUAUCCACGAAUAAAAGUUGUUUUACAGUAAUGAGUCCAUGGUAUAUCACAUGGCUUGUUCAGUUGUAGUCAGCAUAUCAUUUAACAGGUAAUUUUGGAAAUAUUAACUUCUUUACAUGAAAAUUCAACACAAAUUUCCAUUCAUAGGAAUCAUAAUGGUGCCAACAUAUUUCAAACAUUUUUUAAUAUUCCAGAUAUAUUUUUUUUACCCUAUUUAAAGUAAUUUAAGAAAUAAUUAAUCUCUGUUGACUGAUCUAUACUUGUUUUUACAAUUUUUGUCGUUUUGUAACUUGCACAGAAAUGAAGUUCAACAUAAAACCAUAGUUUUAUUUUUAUUUUGUUGGUUUACAAAAUUUUUAUAAUCUAUUUUUCUUUUUAUUCUUUUAUUUAUCAAUAUUUUAUUUUUAAAAAAACCAGUCAGUUGGAAUAAGAUAAACAUUAAAAGAAGAAAAGUAAUGCACAGAUUUAUUACAAAUUAAACUCUACAUUAUAUUAUUACAUGUAUUAUUAUUUUAUUAAUUUAUAAAGCCCAAAAUUACACAUAGUUUCUAGGCGCUGUACAAUGUUUGUGCUAAUAAUCAAUGGCAAUAUACCAAUAAAAGACCUGCAAAAUCUAUACAGUAAAUGAUAAAACAAUAGAAAGACUGAAUAAAACAUGGUAGUAAGAUGACAAUUAAGGUAGUUUACUUGGACUAGACAAAAUACAGACACACAGGUACAGGUAAUUGCAUUCGUAUAAUGGAUCAAAGUUCUGUUUGCAAGAGAUUGCACAUGGAAUCCUUGAUAUUGCACAUUCACAGGGCGUAUUCACACUUGAACAAGAGUGUUUUUAGGUUCUUGUGGAAUAUGCUCCAUGUGCUUCAAGCUCUCAAAGUUCAAAUGGCAGUCUAUUCCACAAUUAUGCACCUAGUGUUUUCAUGGCUCUUGCACCAUAUUUGUUCACCUAACAUGCUUUCCAAUAUCAAUCAGAAUAUGAAUAUACGAAUGUAUAUCUUAUUACAGAUUUUGAAUGAGGAUGAAAUUUCAGUAUAGUCGCUGUUUCAAUUUCUUUGCUCCACCAAGAUAUUUUCAAUCAUUUGACAAAGUGACCUUCUUAAUAUUGAGAAAAUUACCAUACUGGUGAUCUCUUCAUUGUAAGGUUAAUACUGCCAUACAUUUAACUGAAUUCUGUGAACUUUCGUGUCACAGAAAUGUGUGUACAUUUCAGUAUGAAAGUUUUUAUAAUUCCUAUGCAGGCAAAAUAAUAGAUCUUACUGCCAAUAGCAAUUGUGCUGAUAUCAUAAUUUUCCCUUUAUUAUGAUUCAAUUACAAAACUUUAAUGUAUAUUAUAAUUUUGUUUACAUAUCUUUUUCAUUUAUCUCUUUAGUAACUAUGUCAUUCUAACUAUUUUGCAUCCUUUUAAAAAAAUGUUUUAAGUAUAUAACUGUGUUUGGUUUCCUGUGAAAUUGUGUAUUUAUAGAAUAAUAACCUAAUCACAAUGGAUUACUUCCUUCAGAUAUAGAUAUCAGCAAUACAUGUAUAUCCCUUUUUAAAACUAUAAUCACCUGGCUGGGUACUCAGUACGUUAUCCUGUCAGAUGUUGAUCUGUAGAUCGUGGGUUCGAAUCCAGCAUGGGUAUUAAUUUUUUUUUUUAGAUUACUUUCUACUAAAACUGCAUUUUGUUUCACUAGAUAAGGUAAAUUUAGAAGUUUUCAAUUUCAAAAUCAUUAUUGUACAUAUCCUCCAUUUUCCAUCAAUAUCAGAAUUUUCUGGUGUGUUAUUCCUCCUUAAGAAUGAAAAUGGGGGGGGGGGGGUAGAAAUUGAAAUUUAUGAUUAUCUAAAAGUGAUUAAUUGUCUUAAACCAAGUUGGAGAAUUACAUAUCUUUUAACAAGGAGCUCAUCCCAUUUACAGUUCCUUGGUGAAAAAUAUAACCCCGCCCACCAAUUGCAGCCUUGGUCGACUUCGUUAAUAUUCAACAUGUACAGCAUGUGAUAUACCGAUCAUCAGCCUUACACAAUUCUACAUGCACACUACUGAGGUACGUCUUAUUGCGGAUCUUUUCACAUGUACAUACAUUAUAAUAUAUCACAUUUUCAUGAAUCAACAAUAGGUAAAUUUAAUAAAUAUUUAUUCACAUUGUAUGAAAACUACUUAACUUGAAAAUCAUCUGCACGUGUUGCCUUUUGGUAUCUUUAUACAAAGUUUCCAUUGGCAAAAGGGAUUGACCUUGAUCCCUUCAAGUUGAACUCAUGCACAAAGGUAGAGAACAGACUUGCAGGAUUGAAGUUCAUCUAAACUAUUUUCAUAAGAAUAAAUAUUGUUCUGAUACUUCUCAAGAAUACUGCCACAGUGAAUUGGUUGCAAGUUUUUUAUGCUCACGUGACAUGCAAUUUACUGUAAAUGUGGAUAUUUCCAUGUGUUGUUAAUUACAUGUAUUUCUUUCACAAACCAUUUUUUUAAUUACGCGAUGUCGAUAUCUUUAAUAAAUUGCAUUACUAUGGGACUAGUACGUGUAGGAGUAAUUUACACGAAAAUCUUGUAAUCACAUAUUUAGUAUAAAUAAUCACCAUGGGUAAAUUUCCAGCAAUGUAGCAAAACUACAGUUCUGAAAUGUUUCAACAUGCAACACAGGAAAUAAGUAUCAGAAGAGGACAAGCAUUCUGAGAGUAUUGCAUGGCAAUACUGCAGUCCCCUACCAGUUGCAAAUAUUACUGUACCACAACAUCAUUCAAAGUUCAUUAUGUAGGUUAUGGUAAAAGGGAAAAUUGGGGAACCAGGAUAGGAAAUCAACUAUUAUUUUAGUAGACUAGACCAGGAAAAACACCCGAGAAAUUCAUAAAUAAGGUUUAAUUAGGUCUUUAACCAAGUCAAUAAACUGUGACAUGUAGGUGAUCAUGAAUAAUUUAGCUAUAUUGUUGUAUUACUAUGCUAGAAUUUUUAAUGAGUGUAGUACUUUUAUCUACAGAUAAGAAACAUCGAUGUAAACAAACAAUUCAUGCUAUUUUUCUAAGUCCAAAGGCCAUAACUUAAUGAAAAAUCAAUAGACCGAAAUGAAAUUCGAACUUGAUCUGUAACUUGUUAUGCCAAAGCAAUGUACCAAAUAUCAAAUGAAUAUCUGCAAGCACAACCAAAAAAAAGUCCAGAAAACUGAUUAUUCAUGCUAUUUUUCUAAGUCCAAAGGGGGCCAUAACUUAAUGAAAAAUCAACGGACCAAGUUAUAUAACUUUGUCAUUUUUUAAAAUAAACAAGAGGUACUAUGAGCAAUGCUCACUAAGAAUACCCCCCGUUACCCCAAUCUCCCAAAGGGUGUUGUUAAUGGGCAUAAAUUACUUCUUUCCUGAGUGUAAAAAUAUAGUAUGCCUUUGUAGAAGAAAAUGAAAGAUAUAGUCCGAACACAAAUCCAUGGUAUAAACCUAUACUUUUGACCUUGAGAUCAAAGGUCAAGGUCAUAAAGAGCUCAUGAAUGUACAUGACACAUAGUCUCAUGGUGAUACACCCAUGUCUUAUGGUAUGACUAUGUCAAAACCCUAUAAUCAAUUUUGACAUUGAGGUCAAAGUUCAAGGUCAUAUAGAGGUAAUGAAGGUACCUGCCACAUCGUCUCAUGGUGAUGCACUCAUGUGUCAAAUAUUGUAUGCCUAUGUCAAAGAACAAAGAAGUCAUGGCCCUGACACGGAUACAUUGUAAAAACAUUUAAUUUUGACCUUGAGGUCAAGGUCAUAUGGAGGUCAUGACACAUCAUCUCAUGGUGAUACACUCAUGUUUCAAAUACUGUAUGCCUAUGUCAAAGAACAAAGAAGUUAUGGCCCUGACAUGGAUCCAUUGUAAAAACCUUUAAUUUUGACAUUGAGGUCAAGGUCAUAUGGAGGUCAUGAAGGUACAUGACACAUCGUCUCAUGGUGAUACACUCAUGUGUCAAAUAUGGUAUGCCUAAGUCAAAGAACAAAGAAGUUAUGGCCCUGACACGAAUCCAUUGUAAAAACGUUUAAUUUUGACUUUGAGGUCAAGGGUCAAGGUCAAAUAGAGGUCAUGAAGGUACAUGACACAUCGCCUCAUGGUGAUCCACCUGUGUGCCAAAUAUGGUAUGCCUAUGUCAAAGAACAAAGAAGUUAUGGCCCGGACACGAAUCUGGAGACAGUAAGUGGGACGGACAGACAGCGAUUCCUAUAUACCCCCCAGAACUUCGUUCGGGGGUAUAAUUAAAAUUUUUUCAAUUCACAUCACUGUUCUGUUUUUACUGCCUUUAUCAAGUAACAAGCAAAGGCUACUUGGCAAGUCAUAUUAAUCAAGGAACAUAAAUAGGUAAUUAAGGUAGAUAAUGACUUUUAUGUAACAUGUUAAUUGUGUAUGUUCUAUUGAGUAUACUGUAAACGUACUUUUUUCCACGGGUUCAUAAGUCCGUGGAAUCACAAUUUCUGUUUAUUCCACGGGUAGAAAAUUGGGCGGAUUUCUUAGAUUGCCACUUAGUGUCUUUCAUUUACUUUAAGUACGCUGGGAUAAUUUCCGCGGAAAAUUUGUGACCACAUUCAUAGCGUAAAUUAAUACCGCGCGGAAAAAAGUACUUCUACAGUAUUUUGGAUAUUAAGUAAAAUACGGUCAACAUAUGUUUUGUAUAACAUGCUAAAUUUGUUUAGAACUUUCACGUUUGAUGAAUGUUGGUGUUUUGUUUUAGGGCCCCGUACUUAGCCUAUUACAUGGAUGACCAAUCACAGUGCGCCAUUAGGACGCUUUGGUCAUUCCUCUUUGUUUGCUUGGAGUGCUCAAGUAUUUGUGAAAACAAAGAAAAUUAUUUGAUUCCCCAUCGUCCAUUGUUAUGCUACUUUGAUAUGUGUGAGCUGGCCUGUCCACCUUAUUUGAUUGCAGGCAGCUCUAUUUUGAUAUUUCAUUAUGUGUUGUAAGGGGUCAGAUUGCAUCAUCAUACCUAUGUGAUACUUAUGUUCUUGUGUUUAUGUUUUCGACUCAUUUUGACCCCCACUAGCAUCUGCAAGCACAACCAAAACAAGUUGGGGAAAACUGAUAAUUAUACCCCCCGCAACAAGUUGUGGGGGGGUAUACUGGAAUUGGGUUGUCCGUCUGUCUGUCCGUCCGUCCGUCUGUAGACGCAAUGGUUUCCGGGCUCUAAAGCAUUAUCCUUUCCACCUACAGUCACCAUAUCAUACAUAUGGACUACCCAUGGGAUGAAGAUGUUCCCUAUCGAUUUUGGGGUCAAAAGGUCAAAGAGGUCAAGCGCACUGGACAUCGAAGUAGCAAUAUGGUUUCCGGGCUCUAAAGCGUUAUCCUUUCCACCUACAGUCACCAUAUCAUACAUAUGGACUACCCAUGGGAUGAAGAUGUUCCCUAUCGAUUUUGGGGUCAAAAGGUCAAAGGUCACGCGCACUGGACAUCGAAGUAGCAAUAUGGUUCGGUUUGUCAUGCCAUUUGUUUUUCACACUCAGAAAAGAGGUAGUUUAUACCUAUUACCAACACCCUUUGGGAGAUUGGGGUAAGCGGGGGGUAUUCUUAGUGAGCACUGCUCACAGUACCUCUUGUUCAUUCUAUUUUUCUAAGUCCAAGGGCCAUAACUUAAUGAAAAAUCAACGGACCAAGACGAAACUCAAACUUGAUCGGUAACUUGCUAUGUCAAAGCAAUGUACCACAUAUCAAAUGAAUAUCUGCAUGCACAACCAAAAAAAGUCUGAAAAACUGAUAAUUCAUGCUAUUUUUGUAAGUCCAAGGGCCAUAACUAAGUAAAAAAUCGACAGACCAGGACCAAAUUCAAACUUGAUCAGUAACUUGUUACAGCAAAGUAGUGUACCAAAUAUAAAAUAAAUAUCUGCAAGAACAGAGAAAAAAGUGUGGAAAACUGGACAGACAGACAGACGGAGGGAGCGCAAACCUAAAGUCCCCUUCUACUUUGUCGGUAGGG